GCAGACAGGGGCAAGAAGGAUGGAGGAGAAGGAGACGGGGUUUCUGAACAAACCAAUGAUAGAAGAAUCAAUGAUCCAGGAUGAUCAACAAAGGCUACUCGUCAUGGAAGAGCUACACGCGAUUGGGAAAAAUGCAGAACAAGCUUUCCUCGAAAACUUGGCAGCUAGGCAGCAACAGCAGAAUCUGAUGAGGAAACAGGAACAAGAGCAAGAGUUCAGUAAUCAGAACACGAAGGAAGAACAGAGUGACAACAUGGAAUGUGGGGAGGAGGAGGGGACUCAGAGCCUUGAAAGAGAAUCUCGUCAGUCAUUGAAAAGGAGGGAAUUAUCAGAAGAUGGAAAAAAUUCAGAUCAGCAUGAACAGGACACACACCGGAGCAAAAGAUUUCAUAACAGUAGGGAGGAUAAACGGAAGGAGGGGAGUCAAACAACGGGUAUAAAGGAGGAUUCACGGCAAGGAAAAAGGGGCAGUACCCAGCAAACACCACCGUCGGGUAGCGGACAAGAAAUGGACUCCAGUGAUUCGUACGGGGAAAGUGCAGCAAAAGGGGAGUCGGAAAGGGUGUCUGAAGAGGAAGGAGCAAAGGGAGUUUCCACAGACGAAGCGGAAGAUAGAAGGAUGCAUAUGAGGAAUGCGGAAAGUAUGACUGAGGAAGAAAUUAGACAAGCGGAGGAGGAUCAGCGGGACUGCUCUGAAGAUUGGGAUAAUGAGAGCUCAUCAGAAGAGGACAAUAUGGAGGAGGAGAUCAUCACACUAGAGCAGUGGAAGCAGGAGGUGGAACAACUACAAUGGGGACGUACAGUAGAACGCGAAAUCAGAUUGGCGCACCACAAACAUCUCAGAAACCUGAAGCAUGCAACGCAACAUGAUGAAUACGCUAAGAGUUUCCAAUGGCCCAACACAUAUCAGAGCAAAGCCAGCAAGGAUGGUAAGAGGAAGCGGAAAACACAGGCGGAGGAGGAACAGGAAAGCAGAGCGGAACAGACUACGAAGGAAGCAAACCAGCAACAAGAGGGAGAUGAGCAAAAAGAGAAGGAGGAUCUGCAAAGGCAGGCAACAAUUCUGGAAGCUCAGGCAGAAGAGGACCAGAGGGAGAGUUCAGAAAAAGAAGACAGCGAAUCCUCAACGGGGGAAGAAGAAGAAGAGGAGGAGGAGGGCCAGGAGGACACAGAUGUGGAGGAUUGGACAAGGGACCGGUGGAUUAAGGAGGUGGAACAGUUGGAAUGGGGCAGGACGAUCGAGUGUGAAAUCAGGUUGGCCCACCACAAACAUUUGAGGAACCUACAACUAGCCACACAAGCAGGUGAAGACAUCACAUCAGAAAACAGGUUCGAACUGCUAAGGAGGGAGGGGGAAAUCAAUGAGUUUUAUGCAUCCCAAUAUGCAAGAAAGAGCUGCACAAUAAGGAAUGAGAUUUGCAUACAGCAGGAGGAGUAUGGGAGGUUAUUUCAAUGGCCAAAGAGUUAUUACAACAAGGAAAGGAAGGGAGACAGCAAGAAAAGAAAGGCACAAUCGGCAGAGGAGCAAGGCAGUUCAGCCAAUGGGGUGAACGAUUCUAUGGACGGGGCAGCAAUGGAGGAGGAUCAGGAGAAGAGAGAGAGUGAAGAGGAGGAGGUUCAGGACUUGAGAAGGCAAGCAGCAAUCUUGGUGGUGCAGGUAAACCUGCUCAAGGAUGAGAACAGAGAGUUGGAGGACGACACAGUGAACGUGCAAAAGAUAGCAAAAGGCCGGUGGAAGGAGAUAGAAGCUGCGACCCGCCUGAAAACCAAGAAUGGGACAAGGAGGAGAGCGGUCUUACCUUGCAGAUGGAAUGCAAGACACUCGGACUGGGAGGUGGCAAUCAACCAAUCCCUUCAGUUGCUAACGGCCCCGAUCGAACAAUGCUCAGGCCCGGACCUUCAGAGAUUAAUAGGGGGAGAGAUGCCAUCUCGAGCGUUGUUAUUGAGGGAGGGAGAAGCUGAGCCAAUGACAAUAGGGGAGGAAGGUGACGAGGAGACAACAACUGACUUUGGCCCGUUGMUUCUUCAAAUGGGGCCAGGUUCCGAACUCAGGGAGGGCCUGAUCUGGAUGCCGUGGCAGGUGGUGGAGACCAUCCCUUACGGGCUGCUGGGAGGGCGAUUUGGCGCGGAAUGGGUGGCGAGGCUCACAACGGUCGCUGUGAAGAUGGAGGCUUUCGUUUGGAAGCCAGAAUUCUUCGAGAAGAAGGUAAGUGAGGUAGCAACGGUCUUAGAACUCACUGCACUUGAUACUUGAAAACGGAAGAAUAGAGGAGAGGUCCACAUGUUAACGAGGAGACCCAAUGGAGAGAGGAGAGUCAGAAAGACCAAGAAAGUGGAGUAGAAGGAUUGAUAGGGGGAAGGGUCCUCCGGAACUCAAAAUAACAUCAUGGAAUGUGAAUGGGCUAGUUGGGAUUUUAGAGAAUCGAGACAAGUGGCAAAAUAUAGUAAACUACUCUGAAUGGU